AUGCCUGCACAGAAGCCAAUCACAAAGCCGGAGGAGGCUGGCGAGUCCUCGACAUCUGCAGCAAAGAAGGCUCUGACGGCGGCUUCGAACGGUGUUCCGAACUACGAGCUGCCUUGGGUUGAAAAGUACCGCCCCGUAUUCCUUGACGAUGUUGUCGGAAACACCGAGACGAUUGAUCGGUUGAAGAUCAUUGCGAAGGAGGGGAACAUGCCGCACGUCAUCAUCUCUGGCAUGCCUGGUAUCGGAAAGACUACCAGUGUGCUCUGCUUGGCGAGACAGCUUCUUGGAGACUCAUACAAGGAGGCCGUCCUUGAACUCAAUGCCAGUGAUGAGAGAGGAAUCGACGUCGUCCGUAAUCGCAUCAAGGGUUUCGCCCAGAAGAAGGUCACCUUGCCCCAGGGCCGCCACAAGCUUGUGAUUCUCGACGAGGCCGACAGCAUGACAUCAGGUGCCCAGCAAGCCCUUCGCCGAACGAUGGAGAUCUACUCCAACACGACGCGCUUCGCCUUCGCCUGCAACCAGUCCAACAAGAUUAUUGAGCCGCUACAGUCGCGAUGCGCCAUCCUCCGGUAUGCCCGGCUCACCGACGAGCAGGUGGUCAAGCGGUUGCUGCAGAUUAUCGAGGCGGAAAAGGUGGAAUACAGUGACGAUGGCCUGGCUGCGCUUGUUUUCAGCGCCGAAGGCGACAUGCGGCAGGCCAUCAACAACCUGCAGUCAACGUUUGCCGGUUUCGGCUUCGUGUCGGGCGACAACGUCUUCAAGGUGGUGGACUCGCCCCACCCCAUCAAGGUCCAGGCCAUGCUCAAGGCCUGCUACGAGGGCAACAUCGACUCGGCACUCGACAGCCUCCGCGAGCUCUGGGACCUGGGAUACUCGAGCCACGACAUCAUCAGCACCAUGUUCAAAGUCACAAAGACAAUCCCUACGCUGAGCGAGCACUCGAAGCUGGAGUUUAUCAAGGAGAUUGGCUUCACACACAUGAAGAUAUUGGAGGGCGUGCAAACACUGCUGCAGCUGAGCGGCUGCGUCGCGAGGCUCUGCAAGAUCAACAUGGACCCGAAGAAGUUUGAAGUGCCCUCAAAAUGA